GGGAAAAAAAAAAAAAAGACCUGGGGUGGUGAUCACCUGUGAAGAUGUUCCCCCAGCUAGUUUGUAUCAAUGAUUAUGAACAACACGCUAAAUCAGUACUUCCAAAGUCUAUUUAUGACUAUUACAGGUCUGGGGCAAAUGAUCAGGAAACCUUGGCUGAUAAUGUUGCAGCAUUUUCCAGAUGGAAGCUGUAUCCACGGAUGCUCAGGAAUGUUGCUGGAAUAGACCUGUCAUCUUCGGUUUUGGGGCAGAGAAUCAGCAUGCCAAUAUGUGCUGGGGCUACGGCCAUGCAGUGCAUGGCUCACGUGGAUGGGGAGCUCGCAACUGCUAGAGCCUGCCGAUCCCUGGGAACAGGCAUGAUGCUGAGUACCUGGGCCACCUCCUCAAUUGAAGAAGUGGCAGAGGCCGCUCCUGAAGCACUCCGCUGGCUGCAGCUGUACAUCUACAAGGACCGUGAGGUCACCAAGCAGCUAGUGCGUCGGGCUGAGCGAAUGGGCUACAAGGCCAUAUUCCUGACAGCGGACACCCCCUACCUCGGCCACCGCUUCGAUGAUGUGCGUAACAGAUUCAAGCUGCCUCCUCAUCUCAGAAUGAAAAAUUUUGAAACCAGUAAUUUAGCAUUUUCUCCUAAGAAAAAUUAUGGAGAUACCAGUGGACUUGCUGCAUAUGUGGCCAAAGAAAUAGACCCAUCGAUCAGCUGGGAGGACAUCAAGUGGCUGAGGGGACUGACAUCACUACCAAUUGUAGCAAAAGGCAUUUUGAGAGGUGAUGAUGCCAGGGAGGCAGUUAAACAUGGUCUGGAUGGGAUUUUGGUGUCGAAUCAUGGGGCUCGACAACUUGAUGGAGUGCCAGCCACUAUCGAUGCUCUACCAGAAGUCGUGGAGGCUGUGGAAGGGAAGGUGGAGGUCUUCCUGGAUGGGGGUGUGCGGAAAGGCACCGAUGUUCUGAAAGCUCUGGCCCUGGGAGCCAAAGCGGUGUUUGUGGGGAGGCCAGUCAUCUGGGGCUUGGCUUCGCAGGGAGAGAAAGGUGUUCAGAAUGUCCUUGAGAUACUGAAGGAAGAAUUCCGGUUGGCAAUGGGUCUGAGUGGGUGCCAGAAUGUGAAAGUCAUCGACAAGACAUUGGUGAGGAAAAAUCCUUUGGCCGUUUCCAAGAUCUGACAGUGCACAAUAUUUUCCCAUCUGUAUUAUUUUUUUUUCGGCAUGUAUUACUUGACAAAGAGACACUGUGCAGAGGGUGACCACAGUCUGUAAUUCCCCAGUUCGAUACAAGGGUGUCGUUCUUCUCCAACAAAAUAGAAUCCCUUUUAGUUCAUUGCUUUUGACUUUUCAAUGGGUGUCCUAGGAACCUUUUAGAAAGAAAUGGACUUGCAUCCUGGAAAUAUAUUAACUGUUAAAAACAAAACAUUGAAAAUGUGUUUAGACAACAUCACCCCCUGGCAGGCUAAAGUGCUGAAACACAAAAGAUAUCCUUGGGUAAAAUUGGAGGUAGCUAAGGCUGAGGUGAAAAGAUAGUGACCUCACUGUUUAUUGACCUGCAUUGUGUUGGCACAUCUUUAAAACAGUGUUCCAAAAUUGUAAGCUCAGGUUCAAAAGGUUGGAUGUGCCUGGAGAAAUAGCCUGUUUGGAUUUGCAACCCUGAGGAGGUGGCAUUUGAUAGAAGGGAUGCAUUGGUGGUAAUUUGUCAUUUUCUAGAUACUUUUUAACACCGUGAGCUAUGCUACUUCACUGAAUAUAGAUUUCCAUUCACGUCUUUAGUGUCUGAAUAUACUGAUAUUUUACAAUAUAUUGCUUUUUUAUUGGAAAGAAAUAAAGCACUUCUUGAAAAGAAUUUAUCUGGUCCAUUUAUAACAACAUGGAACUCAACCAUUUUAAUCUCUGAACCCUAAUUGCUUCCCUUUUCUCCUAAUUCAUAACCUUACUAUUUCUCUUAGAUGUCCUUGUUCCUGUUCUGUAUUCUUUUGCGUCUUUCCCAUUUACCAUUAUAUACAGGGCCCCCUACAUCAUUUGUGAGGAUCAUGCCAAAUGAAAUGUGGGCCCCUUGUUCAGAAGGCAGGAGAAAGGCCUUUUCCUUUCUUCUACAGUGUUUCUCUUAUAGUAUCUUUAUUUGCUACUUAAUAUCAUAUUUUCUUAGGUAUGAGGAUACUCCCAUGGCAAGUGUAUACUUGCAGAGGUGCCUGAACCCUGGCUGUGCUCUUCUGCCCUGACUCUUCUGCACCUGUGUCCUGGAUGCUGCCAAGGGUGGAUGGCAAUGCUGUCACUGGGCAGGUGGCUGAGCCAGCAGCCAAGGACCCAUUCAGGGGAGGUAGGAAGAUGGAGGGAGAUGGGGCAAUGUGUGACUCUAGGCUCCAAGCCUCCACAACAUGUUCCACUGUCCCACUGGCCUUUACUUACAAAACAUGAACUCAAAGAUAAAAUCAUUAAGAAUUCCAAGCCAACAACCACGGAGCGUUCAACCCAAGGGUGAGGCUCCAUUCUGAUCAUGGAGGCUUGUGCGACUGCACUGGUAGCAUGUCCACAAGGCCCUGGGCACAUGACUUUCAGGUUUGUCUCCAAACCAGGCAUUGGGUAGCCAAAGGAAUUUUGAAAUUGAUUUUUUUCACCAUCUCUCUGGUUGUUCCACCACUAUGAGGUGUUGAAUGAAGCAAUUGAGAGAAUUACUUCCUUUAAAUAUGAUUGCUGUAUUUUGUUUUACUCUUUUAUUUCUACAUUUUAUUAUUUUCAGAUCCAUCUCUCUCUCC